UGAGACUUCCUUACCUCUCCCACCUCUAUCUUGCCCUAAUAUCCCAGAUAUUUGGCAUUGCCGCCAAAACAAAAUUGAGAUUUCCGGCAAGCCAAAUAUAGCUGUCUUUUGGCUGCCGGAAUCUUGUAUCUGAGACAAAGAACCGCAACUUACGGUUUCCCAAUUCAUGGAAGAACAUACGAAUCAUGUUCGAGAGGAGUCGAGGGAGACCUUAAGUAGUAAGAUAGACACCGAUGAUGAAGAAGAUGAGGAGGAGGAGGAGGAGGAGGAGGAACUCUACGAUGACGCUCAAAGCGAGACCUCCUACAAGGACGACCCUCCAAAGCCUGAUCAAGAAGAUGACACUAUCAACGAGUCCAUGCAGAUCAUGAGGCUCUCAAGGAAGAAGGCGUUGCUACAUUUCCGGUGUAGGGUAGAAGAUGCCAUUCUCGGGAAUUAUCUUCUGGGAAAAUCCGAUAAGAACCACUUGGCGCGACAUGAUCAUGAUAAUUAUUCUAAGGCUGGGAAAGAGCCAUUGAGGGACAUUUCCUUGUGGAGUGUGCCCCUGUUGCCUAGUGCCGGGCAUGAGGGCACGGAUAUCAUCUUAUUGAAAUUCCUAAAGGCGAGUGGUUUCAAGGUCUCCGAGGCCUUCCAUAUGCUCCAGAACACGUUAAGAUGGCGGAAGGAGAACAAAGUCGAGCAGAUUCUUGAUGAGAAGUUCCCAUCCGAUCUCGAGAAGUUGUUGUACAUAAAUAGCACCGAUAUGGAGGGUCGCCCCUUGUGUUAUCAUGCUUACGGGGUUUUGAAGGACAUGGAUUCGUGUAGGAGGAUGUUCGGUUCGAAAGAGAAAUGUGAGGAGUUCUUCAGAUGGACGGUCCAUUUCAUGGAGAAAAGCGUAAAGAAAAAUCUCAGCUUUAAGCCGGGUGGGGUCGACUCUAUGGUUCACAUUAUGGAUUUAAAGAACUUGCAAAAGUCGAGCAUGAAGGAGUUACGGUAUGUUCUCAAGAGCAACUUCAUCCUGCUUCAAGACAACUAUCCCGAGCUCAUCCACAAGCAUGUGAUGAUAAACGUUCCCUUCUGGUACUACACUUUCCACGUACUGAUUCUACGAUUCAUUCACCAGUCAAACAAAAACAAGUUCAUCUUUGCAAGGCCUUCACGGGUCACAAAGACAUUACUAAAGUUUGUGGCCCCGGAGGACUUGCCGGUACAGUAUGGAGGCCUCAAGAGGGAGAAUGACUCUGAUUUCUCACAAACAGAUAAAGUUUCAGAGGCCAUUGUUCGAAAGAACUCAAUUGGGAAAAUUCAAAUUCCUGUUCAUGAGGCAGGAGUCACAGUGGCCUGGGAUUUGACCGUGGUCGGAUGGGACAGCGUGUCGUACAAGGAAGAGUUCAUUCCUGACGAUGAAUGCUCCUACAAGAUUCUGAUACGAAUGAUGAAAAGAUCAGAUGAGAGCAUGCGGAAUUCAUUCUACAUCAGUGAGCCAGGGAAGAUUAUGAUCUCCAUCGACAACCGGACUUACAAGAAGAAAAGAGUCCUCUACAGGACCAAGACCAGGCCUACUAUGUAUAUCUUCUUCAAGUCAUGACCACAAGUUAAUCCCACACCAUUUUUAAUUUUUCUUUAGCCAAAACUAGUUGGACAUUGAGAUUUCAUUUUGCCUCAAUUUUUACUUUACAUUUGUACCAAGCGGCCAUUGGGGUCUCAAACCUCGAACGAAUGUAUAAUAUAUACAUAGACCAUGACUGAUCAAACAUUUAUUA